AGGCGCUAGAGACGUUGUUUUCGUUGCACAGGGCGGGUCUGAGGCUUGGUGACGCCGGGGGGACCCGCGCCAGGCCCGGGACAGGGACCGCCGUGCCCGGGUCCCCUCCUCUCCCGCCGCUCCCGGCCCCGCUCCGCCCCGGAGUCCGAUGGCGGCGGCCGCGCGGAGGGAGCCGGCUCAGGACAGUGUGACCUUUCACGAUGUUGCCGUGUACUUCUCCCGGAAGGAAUGGAGGCUCCUUGAUGAGGCUCAAAGACGCCUGUACCUGGAUGUGAUGCUAGAGAACUUUGCACUUGUAUCCUCACUGGGUUGCUGCUGUGGAGCAGAGGGUGUGGAGACUCCCUUUGAACAGAGCGUUUCUGUAGAUGUUUCAUCUGCCAGGGCUCCCAGGGCAGCUCCAUCUUCCCAGAAGACCCACCCCUGUGAGACAUGUGGUCCAGUCUUGAGAGACAUUUUCCACUUGGCUGAGCAGCAGGGAACACAGCACGGCCUGAAACUGUUGAGGUGUGGGGCUUGUGCAAAACAAUUUGAUUUCACUGCAAAGUUUCAACAGCACCAGGAGCAGCACACAGGAGAGAAACCCUUCAGAAGCAGUGUGGACAGGGCCUGGUUUGUGAAGAGCUGCAGAUUCCACGUGUCAGAGAAGCCCUUUCCCUGGGGGGAGCUUGGGAAGGACUCCCUGGCCAGCUUGGGACAUCAGCAGCAACAGACCACUCAUACUGUGGAGAAGCCAAACAAAAUCACCCAGGGCAGGACGCCUUUACCAGGCAGAAAAAGUCAUCACACCUGGGGAGAAUGCAAGAAAGCCUUCAGCCCCAAAGACACACUUGUUCAGGACCAGGGUUUCCACACUGGAAGACAGUGUUUUGUGUGCCAUGAAUGUGGGAGAACGUUCAGGUAUAAAUCGUCAUUUGUUGUGCACCAGAGAGUCCACCCUGAAAGAAGGCUUCAUGUAUGUGGAGAAUGUGGCAAAUCUUUUAUGCGAAGCUCAGCCCUCCUUCAACAUCAAGGAAUUCAUACUGAGACAGGGCCACGCAAGUGCAGCAAAUGUGGGAAAUCCUUAAGCCACCAGUCUGUCCUCGUUCAUCCCCAGAGGGAGCACAAUGGAGAAAACAGCUAUGUGUGCAGUGAUUGUACAGAAUCUUUUAGCCAUAGCUCAAUGUUCAUUCAACACAGGAGACUUCAAGGUGGAGAGAGGCCUUAUAAAUGUGGUGAGUGUGCGAAAUCCUUUACCUCUUGCUCUGCUCUCAGUUAUCAUCAGAGAUCUCACACAGGAGAUAGGCCUUAUGAGUGUGGUGAUUGUGGGAAAUCUUUUAUUUCUAAGUCUGUCCUUCGUUAUCAUCAGAGAGUUCAUUCUGGAGAAAGGCCUCACGAGUGCAGUGAAUGUGGGAAAUCUUUUAUCACUCGUACUGCUCUCCAUUAUCAUCACAGAGUUCACACUAGAGAAAGGCCUUUUGAGUGUAAUGAAUGUGGGAAGUCCUUUAUCCGAAGAAAUCACUUCAUUACACACCUAAGAGUUCACUCAGGAGAAAAGCCUUAUGUGUGCAGUAAAUGUGGGAGAUCUUUUACCUUUAGCUCCACCCUCCAGUAUCAUCAGAGAGUUCACACAGGAGAAAGGCCUUACCCGUGCAGUGAAUGUGGGAAAUCUUUUACCACUAGCUCUGCCCUCCGUUCUCAUCAGAGAGUUCACACAGGAGAAAGGCCCUAUGUGUGCAGUGAAUGUGGGAAAUCUUUUACCUUUAGCUCAAGUCUCCGUUAUCAUUGCAGAGUGCAUACUGGAGAAAGACGUUAUGAGUGUAGUGAAUGUGGGAAGUCUUUUAUCCGAAGAAAUAACCUCAUUUUACACCAGAGACUUCACAAAGGAAAAAGGCCUUACAACUGUAGUGAUUGUGCCAAAUCUUUUAACAAGAGCUGGACACUCAUUCAACACCGAAGAAUUCAUACAGGAGAAAAGCCUUAUGUGUGCAGUGAAUGUGGGAAAUCUUUUACCCGUCGCUCUACCCUCUAUUAUCAUCAGAGAGCUCAUGCAGGAAAAACGCCUUACAAAUGCAGUGAAUGUGGGAAAUCUUUUACUUCUAGUUCCGGCCUCCGUUAUCAUCAGGGAGUUCACGCAGGAGAAAGGCCCUUUGUGUGCAGUGAAUGUGGGAAAUCUUUUACCCGUAGCUCUACCCUCUGUUAUCAUCAGAGAGCUCACGCAGGAAAAACACCUUACAAAUGCAGCGAAUGUGGGAAAUGUUUUACUUCUACUUCUGGUCUCCGUUGUCAUCAGAGACUUCACACAGGAGAAAGGCCUUUUGUGUGCACUGAAUGUGGGAAAUCUUUUACCUUUAGCUCAGGCCUCCGUUAUCAUCACAGAGUGCACACUGGAGAAGGACCUUAUAAGUGCAGUGAAUGUGGGAAAUCCUUUAUGGAUAGAUCACAAUUGAGUAAACAUCACAGAGCUCACACUGGAGAAAGGCCUUAUGAGUGUCAUGAAUGUGGGAAAUCCUUUAGCCAAAAAUCUUCCCUCUCGAUACACCAGAAAAUUCAUAAUAGAGAAAGGUCUUAUGAGUGUGGUGAAUGUGGAAAAUCUUUUACUUCUGUCUCUAGCCUUGGUUAUCAUCAGAGAGUUCACUCAGGAGAAAGGCCUUAUGAGUGCAAUGAAUGUGGGAAAUCGUUUAUCUCUAGCUCCAAACUCCGUUAUCAUCAGAGAGUUCACACAGGAGAAAGGCCUUAUGUGUGCAGUGAAUGUGGGAAAUCUUUUACUUCUAGUUCCGGCCUCCGUUAUCAUCAGAGAGUUCACUCAGGAGAAAGGCCUUAUGAGUGCAGUGAGUGUGGGAAAUCUUUUACUUCUAGUUCCGGCCUCCGUUAUCAUCAGAGAGUUCACACAGGAGAAAGGCCUUAUGAGUGCAGUGAAUGUGGGAAGUUUUUUAUGCGAAAAUCUAAGCUCUCUCAACAUUGGAGAGUUCAUGCUGGGGAAAGGCCUUAAUUGAGCAAGGAAUGUGCAAUUUCCUGUUCAGUGGAACGACACCAGUGGAAAAUCUGAGGAGCCAUCUGUCUGAAUUGAUUCUCAUACAUCUGAACAUGCACAGUGGGGAGAUUUCCUAUAGGUUUCAGGUGUGCAGGAAUCUUGUGUAAAUAUAUUACCCUUUCUGACCUGUCCAAGGCUCUUUCUAGAUUUAUGUCAUUCCUGGUUUCUGUGGCCAAAGCCACUUCACCUCACCUGA